AUGAAUUUUGCCCAUUUUGUGUGUUGGCAGAAAUAGGAAAUGUGUUGUUAAACGCGAACCCGUUGCGAUCGCUAAAUAAUCUUUAUUGUUAUUAAUCUUAGACUUAGUCUCAGCAGGACAUCAUCUUCACAAUCACGAAUAUUUUUCAUUAUUGACUGAAGUAAGUGAUCAAAAUUUAUGCAAACGUACAAGUCAAGUCAAAGGUAUAAAAAAACCCAGUCAAAUCGAAACACGGAAACGUGAUUGCCCCUACGUCCUAUGCAUAAGAAUCGAACGCACAGGCUGAGCUGUGCAUGGACCGGACACGCUCUACACAACACGGCGUUAUUCUAAUUAUAUGCAGAUAUGUCUGAGUCAUUGCCAACCAAACUAGUGAAGAUCUUGGACUGCAAGCAAGGAGCAGUUCGGGCAGUGCGCUUCAAUGUAGAUGGUAAUUACUGCAUGACGUGUGGAAGUGACAAGUCCCUUAAGCUUUGGAACCCCAAAAGAGGACUUCUUUUAAAGACCUACUCUGGCCAUGGCUAUGAAGUGCUUGAUGCCCGUGCUUCGAUUGACAAUGGUCAUCUGUGUUCAUGCAGCGGAGACAAGACUGUUGUCCUCUGGGACGUGGCCAGUGGGAAGAUGAUGCGUAAAUACAGAGGACAUGCAGCAAGGGUCAACUGUGUGUGCUUCAAUGAGGAUUCCACUGUUAUAUUUUCAGGCUCCAUCGAUGCCACUGUGAAAUCCUGGGACUGCCGAUCGAGGAAGUUCGACCCCAUUCAGACUCUAGAGGAAGCGCGGGAUAGCAUCACAUCAAUCCACGUCACCGAUCAUGAGAUUCUAACGGGGUCUGUCGAUGGAAAGGUCAGGAGAUAUGACCUCAGGAAUGGAAAGAUGCAUGCUGAUUGUAUAUCAAAGCCAGUUACCUGUGUCUGCUUCACCAAAGAUGGCCAAUGUAUGCUAGUCUCUUCCCAAGACUCUACACUUCGUCUUUUAGACAAGGACAAUGGAGAGUUGCUUGGAGAGUACCAGGGUCACAUUAACAAAGACUACCGCAUUGAGUGCUGCAUGAACGAGACGGACACCCAUGUAGUCAGCGGGUCGGAAGAUGGGAGGAUCUGCUUCUGGGAUUUGGUUGAGGGCUCAAUGACCUCAACGAUUGAGAAGGCUGGAAAGAAUGUGAUCCCCACACUCUCCUUUCAUCCUGAAGAACCGUGUCUUCUAUCGGCAUCUGAAGGACUUGUCAAGGUCUGGAGGCAGCAGUCUUAUACUGAAGAAGAUGACCUAACAGGAUGAAGAAAUCUUCAGUCAUAUCGUCUAGACGGAUUGUAUGAUUGUUUAGAGGAAAGAGUUACUAUCGCCCCAAUCUGUUGGAUGAUGUUGUGAUUACUAUAUCUCUUACCAAAAUCUGAAGAACUUAUGAGGGGUUGAGGUAAAGAAGAAUAUGAUGAAGAUUUCACUAGAUUGCACUAUCUUGAUUGCUUGUUCAUGGGUACCAUCCCUGCUAUCAAAAGGUUCUACCAUUUUGAAUUAGAGGCAGUAGUCUUACCAGGUUUUCUGAAGGUUAGGUAAAAUGGACAGAUCAAGAGAUGUCAUUACCCCAAUGGUUGGAUCAUGUUGUGAUGGUAUAUCUCCUAUCAGCCUCUGAAGAACUUGCCAGAGUUUGAACGCCACAAUCUUUUGCUGAAGAAGAUGUCCAAAAGGAUGAAGAUAUCUGCCAUUGGCCAUUUAGGAUCUUAUCAAGGUUUGGAGGCCACAGUCUUUCACAGAAGAUGAUGAACAGAAGGAGGAAAUGGACAAAUGUCACCUUCCCAAUCAUUAAGGGCCAUGUCUUCAAUGUACCUCUGAAUGUUUUGAGGUCGCAUUUUUAUAUUGA